UAAAACGUCAUAAUUAGCGACAGGUUCAGAAAAUGAGCUGGGAAGUUUUGUACAUCGGGGAUAGCAGAAACUGCCGAGCACUUUUACACAGUUAAAUGCAUUUAAUAACGGUACAGUAUUCCGUGGAGGUACGGACAUCAGAAUACACGUGGCAGUGUUGGAAUGCCUGCCUCAGCAGCGCAAACGUCGUCCCGUCUUCUCGUGGAUUAGAAACUGCGAACCUGGUUACCUUCUAAAUCUGAUCGGUCUGGGUGACGCCCCCUUUGCUUAUUAAUUCACGUUCUUGAUCUGCCGGUUUCAUGUAGUGAAGGUAUAUAAAGAUGACAUCCUUUCAUAUUAAAGAGGAUGCCUCUCCAAUUAUUGCAAAAGAAUCUAACAUUGUGUCAUCUGUCUGUGUCAAGAAGGAUCUCAUGAAAUCCAAUUCUGACUGCAUCAAAUAUGAGCCAUACUCAUUAAAGUGUGCACAAAUAAAAGAAGAGCCUCCAGAAGUAGAGUCAGUUGACCUGAAUCGGGGAACUGAAUCUGGUGACGUUGCUAGAGACAUCUCUGAACUGGGAUUCAUUCAUGUUGUUGAAAGCGUGUCCCAUCAGGAAAUUGCCAGUCUCAAACAGGAAAUUUCCUCCCAGGAGAGAACUGUUGACCAAAUUGCUGAAAGGAAAUGGAUCAGUAUGCAGAAAUAUACCUGUGUUGAAGAUGAUACCCCUAAAUUUUCUCCUGUUGAAGAAAUCGUCAUUGUGAAGGAGCCUGCUGUACAACACCCAGCUGGCUAUCUAACUGACCAUCAGCUAUUUGUCAGGCCAAAAGAUGAACAACAAGGAGAAUCCCAGGGAACAUUUGAAAUAUUGCAUGAAUGUGCAGAGUGUGGGAAGAGGUUUAGCCAGUUGGAAAAUCCCAAAUCUCAAGAUCUCCUAUGCACUGGAGACCCUCCUUACAACUGUCCUGAAUGUGGGGAUUCUUUCAGUCGGUUAGGAAAUCUGAAGUCACACCUGCGGAUACACACUGGGGAGCAGCAGGUCCAUUGUGUUGAAUGUAGGAAGACUGUUCGGAAAUCUGUAAAUAUUGAACUAUAUCAGCAGUUUGUUGUUCGUGAAACGCCCUACCAGUGUGGAGAGUGUGGACAGAAAUUCAGUACUACGGCAUCCUUGAAAUUCCAUCAGCGCGUUCAUCGGAGGGAAACACUCUGCACUGAAUGUGGCAAAAGUUUCAGUCGCACCCAGCAUCUCCAAAAUCAUAGACGGAUUCAUACAGGAGAAACUCCUUAUCACUGUAACGAAUGUGGGAAAAGUUUCAAUCAGGCAGUUGCCCUAAAAAGGCAUCAGCGCAUUCACACAGGGGAAACUCCCUAUCACUGCACAGAGUGUGGCAAGAAAUUUGUACACAGAGGGGCACUCAAUAUGCAUUCCCAACGUGUACAUGGGGGAAAAACACUAUAUCACUGUAAUGACUGUGGGGAAGGAUUUACCUACUCCUCCCAGCUGAAAGUACACGUCUGUAAUGUCUGAUAAUAUUCAUGUUUGCCAAAUCAGGACCCAGCGAGCACUUCUGGUUUUCUCAUUUAAAGGAUUAUUUGUCCUUUGACCUGAAUAAUACAAAUACAUAAAAUGUACAUUUUAAUGGUAUACUGCGUGAUACAGUAUAUACCAUAAUGACACCUAUAUUGAGAUUAUAAGUGGCUGUAACUGUGACAUCUGACACUGUUGUUGAAAAUAGAAUACCACACCAUGUGAAGAACACAUUAAAGUCA